GGACUGAUUUUCAAUACAUUUGAGGAUCUUGAAGAACCCAUAUUAUCACAAAUGCGCAAAAUCAGCCCAAAAAUCUACCCCAUAGGGCCACUUCACACUCACUUGAAAACAAGACUAGCAACAGAAACAAUAUCAAAUAGCAUCUGGAAAGAAGACAGGAGUUGCAUCCCUUGGCUUGAUAUGCAACCCAUUAAAUCUGUUUUAUUUGUUAGCAUUGGAAGUCUCGCAGUCAUGACCAUGGACCAAGUCCUGGAAAUCUGGUAUGGUCUGGUGAAUAGUGGAACAAGGUUUUUAUGGGUCCGAAGGCCAGGUUCAGUUGUUGGAUUGGAGAAAGAAUUUGAAAUUCCUAUGGACUUGUCUCUAGCUACAAAAGAGAGGGGGUACAUUGUGAGUUGGGCCCCACAAGAAGAGGUCUUGUCCCACCCAGCAAUUGGUGGGUUUUUGACCCAUAGUGGAUGGAACUCAACACUGGAGAGUAUAGUGGAAGGGAAGCCAAUGAUCUGCUGGCCAUAUUUUGUUGACCAGCAAGUUAAUAGUAGGUUUGUGGGAGAGAUUUGGAAGCUCGGUUUGGACAUGAAAGAUACAUGCGACAGAAAGAUAGUAGAAAGGAUGGUUAGGGAGCUUAUGGAGUCGAAGAAGGAAGAAUUCUUGCAAAGGGCUGAUCAAAUUUCGAAUGUGGCCAAGGCAAGUGUGAGUAAAGGUGGAUGUUCAUACAAAUAUCUAGACAAACUAAUCGAAGAUAUCAAGUUGAUGACGUUGUCAACAUCGCAAGCCUAGCGACUACUUUGUCCAUAAUAGGAUUCUCCCUCUUCAAUCGCUCCUCUGGAGUGUUACUAGGAGAGACUAUGGUGACGGUCAAAUAUUCAAAUUCUUUGAAAUUUCAUAUUACUGUAAUUUUUCUGAGCCUUAUAAAAGAUUGAUCGCUUUGUCAUUUUGUUU